AUGGAGCCCAACUUUGAAGAGUUCCCUGAUGCAAUGCCUUUGUAUAAACAAAAUAAACAGCAAGAAAAAAAUAAGGAUAAAGUGCCUGCUAAUGAGAAAAAUGGAAAUUAUUAUAAAGAUAUAAAACAAUCUCAAGCCCACACUGAAACAUCUACUACAAAAACCACUGAAAACCUUACUGAAAAACCCACUGAAGAAUACACUACUAAAGAACCCCUUGAAGACCAUGACAAUCAUUUUCAAAAACCAAACAGGGGUCAAAAUGAGCCUGAAUUUUGGACAAAUUUAGAGAAAGCUUUAAAUGAAACAUCAACAAGGGAGGAGCACAGAGAAGAAAAAGACCAAUUAUUUAAUCCAAUUCCAAACUCUGAUCUGGACUUGGUGAACAAAGAAACAGUAAGCGACCUAGAGGAUAUCAAGUUAAAAUUAAUGCUAGGCAUCUCAUUGAUGAGCCUCUUCCUUUUCCUCACCCUCUUGACAUUCGGUUGUGCCACAUUGUACAAGCUGAGGCAGCUUUCUAAACAAAAAUGUGAGAGUCAAUACUCCAUUAACCCCGAGCUGGCAGAGAUGUCUUACUUUCAUCCAUCAGAAGGAAUAUCAGACACAUCUUUUUCUAAGAGCACAGAGAACAGCAUGUUUUGGGCUAACAAUUCUUCAGAAUUUAGAAAAUCAGGGAUACGAAAGUCAAACUCUAGAAAUACGGCAGAUAUGACUUCCACAAGCUUGGAUGAAGGGUCAUAUAUCAAUGAGGAUGUGAAUGAAGAAAUCCCUCCUUAA